CGCAGGUCGCAGCGAUGUGAGGUGUUUUGGCUGGUGCUUCCGCAGUCUUUCGCACCAACCGCGCCAUGACCUAUCUGUUUCUUCUACUCCCUCUGUUGCGAUACGUUCAUGGGAUCCGCUUGGAAGGAAACGAGUCGACGGUGGACCUCCGGCUUGGCAGCGCGCCCGAAGAGCAUCUUCAGGGGAAUGGCACCAAUGGCACUAAAGACGGCCUGAACUCAGUAGAGAACCUCUUGCUGGGCGCCAUGGGCAACAAGUCGACCAGUGGACUUGUUGGUGUGAAAAAGAAUGCCGACAACGACCUGGAGACCAUGCGGACGGCUGCCGCGUUCAACUUCCUUUCUUCAUUGGUCGCCUUCAUACUCUUCACUGUCGCCCGAUACUUCUUCCCCGCGGUCUACUGCAAGAAAGAGCUCACGGACACACAGGCGCAUCACCCGGCAUCCAUUUGGCAUCAAGUGCUCGAGAAGCCCUUCGGCAUCGGGCUCCUGGAUUGGGCGUUUGCGGUGAACCGCUUUCAGGAUGAAGAGGUGCUGAAGCACGCAAGCUUGGACGCUUUGAUGUUCCUGGAGUUCCUGUCCCUCGGAAGGCAGCUGGCUUUGGUUUGGUCCAUCGUACUGGUUGGGCUUCUUUGUCCCCUGCACGUCUUCCUGCACUCUGUGAGCCUGACUGAUUUGAACCAACUGCUGAGUAUGACCAGUUUCAAUGGCCUCAUCUUGGCCCACUUGCCCGCGAACGAGCAGCUGAUCCUCGUUUGGGCUCACGUCUUUGCGGUUUGGUUUGUCGUGGCCAGCGCGUCACGGCUCAUCUACACGGCCCAACUCCGCUUUUUGGAACAGCGCUUCAUUUGGCUGAAGCGUAUUCCGGCUCCUCGAGCGACCACUCUGUUGGUGGAGCAUUUGCCCCCCGAGUGCCGUUCCGACUUGGCGCUGCGCUUCUACUUCGUCCGGCUCUUUGGGCCAGAGGCCAUCGUCCAGGCUUACGUCGUGCGGCGCACAGACCGCUUGCGCAAGCUCUUUCAGGAGCACGAACAUUGCAGCUCCCAGCUGCACCUGGAACAGGUCGCGCUGGGAGACUCCGGCACAAGCACAUCGCGCCGUACAUGCCCAUGCAUCAGUACCGUGGACAAGGAGCAGUUGAGGAGCGACCUUGAACGUCUCAAGGUGGAGAUCUCCAAGGAGCAGCGGCGUGUGGAAGAAGCAGUUCAUCAGAUGGACUUGAAGGUUUGCAGCUCUGCAGGCUUUGUGACCUUCAGCUCCAGAAGGAUGUGUAUGCUAGCGGUGUCUCCGCAGUACCGCGCGGACGCCGCGCAGCUCACGGUCACCAUGCCGCCAGAUCCAGAGGACGUGAUCUACGAGGACCUGGCGAAGGAUCCAGAGAUGCAAGCUGGUGGCACUGUCACAGCUGGAGUGCUUUUGCUUCUGAUUUUCAUCAUCUGGGCGCCGAUGAUCGCUACUUUUUUAGACAAAGUGGAGCCCUUGAUUCUCAGCGUGGAGAAUGACCAGCUGAGACGCCUCCUCCAAGGUGUGAUGAGUACUGGGGUGUUGAAGAUGUUCAUGAGCUUCCUGCCAACGCUCUUCAUGGCCAUCAUCCACAAUGUUCUCACCCUUAAGGCCGGGGCGUGGGCGCAACUGAAGCUCCAGGACUGGUUCUUUGCAUUCCAAAUGGUCUUUGUUCUCCUGGUCACCACGAUUGUGGGCACCAUUCUGAACGUGUUGGAGAAGAUCUUGGCACAUCCAGGGGAGGUGGUCUACAUUUUAGCGGAUGCUUUACCUGGCUUCUCCGAUUUCUACAUCAACUACAUCCUGUUGAGCUGCUUCCUGCAGGUCUUUGAUCUUCUGCGAACCGUGAAUUUGGCGAAGUACGUCUUCUACCGGAGCCGAAACGUCGAGGAGGACGAGGCACGGCAGCUCAGCGAGCCUGAAGACCAGGACAGUGAUGGUAUGGGAGCGCGAAUGGCGAAGGUGGCAUUGCACCUGGUGGUGUGCACGGUUUUCGCCAGCUGCUGCCCUGUGAUCCUUCUGAUCGCUUGGCUCUACUUUGCUGUGGGUCGCUACACCUACGGCUUCCUGGUGAUCUUUGCAGAGACCAAGAAACCAGACAUGGGUGGCGCUUUUUGGGUGAAGAGCCUUCGGCAUCUCUUCCUAGGUUUGUUGGUUUACAUCCUCCUCAUGGUAGGCUUGCUGAGUCGUGCAAGUGCCACACGGGAGCCCGUGUUGGGCGCAUUGGGCUCCUUGCUGCUGCUGGGCUUCGGGUACUUCCGCUUCAGUGCGCUCAGUUGGGAAGCUUUGCCCUUCGAGGCCGUGGCCGACUUGGACCUCUUAGAGCAACAGGUGUCUCGCGGCAGCUAUCGACAAGCAGAGUGCGGUGGUGUUGGCGACGAGGUGAGGCGGGAGAGCUUGGUCGCCAAGCUCCUUGACGUCGAUCCGCGGGAACAGAGGCAAAGGUCUUCCAGACCCCGCCCAGUCCCAUGGUGGAGGCGAAAAGGAAGAGCGAUGGGACGGACUGAGCGGACCGACGCGACGCGGAAAGGGCGGCCGAGCGCGGCGCGGUUGCGGUGAGGAAGAGGAGAGCAGGGAGGCGGCGACUGGUGAUGUCACUCGAGUG